UCCAUGUAACUUCCGGGUGUAUAGCAACAGCGGUUCCGUAAAGGUUAAAGCCAACAUGAGCGCUCUGUUUCAGAACCUGGGCUGCUGGCUGGUUCAGAGUAAAGCCGUCCAGAACCGAGCCGUCAGACUCGCUCACAGUUUAAUUGGAAGGGAAGCCGGGCGGAAACACGCGCUGUCAGCGCGGACAGAGCUCUGCUACCUGGUGAACGCCAGCCGGUGGCACACCUGCAGAGGAACACAAUGGCUGAAGCUUCACAGCUCAAGAUCGUUUUCCUCACUGCCCCCAUCAGGCGACAAGUCCAAGAAGUCAGGGCCUGUGACGUGGAAAUCUUUAGCGGUGACGUUUGCUAUCGGAGGAGCUCUGCUGGGAGGGAUGAAAUAUUUCAAGAAGGAAAAAGAGGAGUUGAUUGAGAAGAAGCGGAACAAGUCGCUGGGCCGGCCGGCGCUGGGCGGCCCGUUCUCCCUCAUCGAUCACAACAACAAACCGUCCAGGAGCGAGGACUUCCUGGGCCGGUGGAUCCUGAUUUACUUCGGCUUCACGCACUGCCCAGACAUCUGCCCCGACGAGAUCGAGAAGAUGAUCGAGGUGGUGGAUGAGAUAGACAGAAUCAAGUCUCUUCCAAACCUGACACCCGUCCUGAUCAGCAUCGAUCCAGACAGAGACACUGCAGAGGCCAUGGCUGCGUAUGUGAAAGAGUUUUCCCCGAAGCUGAUUGGGCUGACGGGGUCGGUGGCUCAGGUGGAGCAGGUGUCCAGAGCGUACCGCGUCUACUACAGCCAGGGGCCGAAGGACGAAGACAACGACUACAUCGUGGAUCACACCAUCAUCAUGUACCUGGUGGGACCCGACGGAGAGUUCGUCGAUUACUUCGGGCAGAACAAGCGCAGCGCGGAGAUCAGCGGCGCCAUCGCAGCUCACAUGAGGAAGUACCAGAAACAAAAGUGAUGAGGGGGCGGGGCUUAAAGCCCAGCAUGAACUGACUGACCUCAGGCGUCUCACUGCUGCUGUCUUAUAUUAUUACUUUGUGUCUUUUUACUCAUUUGCUGUUUUUAUAUCAGGAUUUCUUCUCAGCCAAUUAAAUGACGUUGUUCAGUUCAGGUUUCCUGUUUGUGUCACAGAGGGGGCGGCAGGUGGGGGGGCGGGGUGACGACUCAAAGCACUAACAGUACUUCCUGUUUACAUCCAGACAGAUGAUCAGGUUUUGGCUCCACCUACAGGUUGGGAAACAGAUUAUAUUUAAAGUUUUCUUCAGUUUUGAGAAUCCAUUAAGUGUUUUCUUUCUUAAGUUUACAGUAAGUGCUUUAAAGCUUAUUUAUGUCAAAUCUUGAGUCUUUUUCAGUGAUUCUAAAUGCUUAAUUAAAUUCUUAAAAUGAUAAAUUAGUUAAUGAUGUGAUUUUUAAAAUCAGUUCAAAGAAGAAACGCCAUAAUUCAGAGACCAUUUAUCCAACGUUUCCACCAGUCAGGACGGGAUUGUUUGUGUUUCUGUAGCGAUUUCAGCAAAAUUAGGAAAGAAAACGCAUAUUUCCUGCUGAGUGACGGGUUGUUUGUUGGACUGAGAAAUUCUGAUUGAAUUUUUUUAGUUUGAUCCCGUUUUUGGUUUUUACAGAAUUAGUUUCCAAAGUUUUGUGAAUUUUGGCCCAGUAUGUCACAUUUUAGCUUCGAGUGUCAAAUAUUCGGUUGCCGGGCUUCCUGAAAAGGCGGGAAUCACCAUGGCAACCUGUGAGCCGUCUUGUUUUACGUUACUCUCAACAAUAAAGUUCAUGUGUUUUGAA